CCAUUACUUUGACCACAAAAAGUCCCUUCCCACCAUAAGCAAAGAAGGAUGUAUUGUUGGUUCUCAAAAGGAGGAAAUAGUAGUGAGAAGGAAUAUGGAAAUGGAGGCCCAAAAAAAGAUGAGUAUUGCUGAUCAUCUAGUAGUUGAUGGCAAGAACGGUGGAGGGUUUCUUCCAGGGUUUCGAUUCCAUCCUACAGAUGAAGAGCUUGUUGGGUUUUAUCUUCGAAGGAAGGUGGAGAAGAAGCUUAUUAAUCUUGACCUCAUCAAACAAAUUGAUAUAUACAAUCAUGACCCCUGGGAUCUUCCAAAAGUUGGUAGCUGUGCUAAUGGAGAUCAGAAAGAGAUCUACUUCUUCUGCAGAAGAGGAAGAAAGUACAAGAACAGCAUAAGACCCAACAGGGUGACAAGAUCUGGAUUUUGGAAAGCCACAGGAAUCGACAAGCCAAUAUAUUCUCAUGUUGAAGGAAGUGCUGUUCAGGAAUGCAUUGGUCUGAAGAAGUCAUUAGUUUAUUACCGAGGAAGCGCUGGAAAAGGUGGCACUAAAACUGAUUGGAUGAUGCAUGAGUUCCGUCUCGCAGCCAGCAAAAGCACCAACCUUAUAAAUAACCCAAAUAACUCUACACAAGAAGCUGAAGUUUGGACACUUUGUCGGAUUUUGAAGCGAGAUGUUUCUAACAAAAAGUAUGCUUCAGAGUGGCAAAAGAACAACUCUAAACGAAAUCUGGGUUAUUCGAGCUCAAUAACAUGCAGUUCUGAUCAGUCCAACGACAUUACAGACGAGUAUAAUUCGAGCUUUGGAGCUUUGGCUGCUGAGAUUGGAAAUGAGGGGAGACCCAUGAUCAGUAGUAGUACUGAUCAUCCUAUGGACGAAAAGAACAAUAUGCUAUUUGCACGACAGCAGCUCUUGACAGGUCAGGUUCCGUAUAAUAUGGCCUCAUGUUUAAGCGACACGAACCCAAACGAUGAAGAUCAUCACGAAAUAUCAUGUAAAGAAGGAAACUGGGAUGAGUUGAUGCCAGUGGUUGAGUUUGCUAUUAACCCAUCACUGCUCCACUGUUUUAAGUAGAUCAAGGUGUAACAUAUAGAUAUAUAUAUAUAUAUAUAGAAAUG